GAGGGACGGGGCCCUAGGCGGUGGCGAUGGGGGCCGUCCGGAUCGCGCCCGGCCUGGCGCUCCUGCUCUGCUGCCCGGUGCUCAGCUCCGCAUACGCGCUGGUGGAUGCAGAUGACGUCAUGACCAAAGAGGAGCAGAUCUUCCUGCUGCACCGCGCCCAGGCCCAGUGCCAGAAGCGGCUCAAAGAAGUCCUGCAGAGGCCAGCUGACAUAAUGGAAUCAGACAAAGGAUGGGUACCUGCCUCCACGUCAGGGAAGCCUAAGAAGGAGAAGGCAUCUGGGAAGCUCUACCCUGAGUCCGAGGAGGACAAGGAGGUGCCCACUGGCAGCAGGCACCGAGGGCGCCCCUGCCUGCCCGAGUGGGACCACAUCCUUUGCUGGCCGCUGGGGGCACCAGGUGAGGUGGUGGCCGUUCCCUGUCCUGACUACAUUUAUGACUUCAAUCACAAAGGCCAUGCCUACCGUCGCUGUGACCGCAAUGGCAGCUGGGAACUGGUGCCUGGGCAUAACCGGACAUGGGCCAACUACAGCGAGUGUGUCAAGUUCCUGACCAAUGAGACUCGUGAACGGGAGGUGUUUGACCGCCUGGGCAUGAUCUACACCGUGGGCUACUCAGUGUCGCUGGCCUCCCUCACCGUGGCGGUGCUCAUCCUGGCCUACUUCAGGCGGCUGCACUGCACGCGCAACUACAUCCACAUGCACUUAUUCCUGUCCUUCAUGCUUCGAGCCGUGAGCAUCUUCGUCAAGGACGCGGUGCUCUACUCGGGCGCCACGCUCGAUGAGGCCGAGCGCCUCACCGAGGAAGAGCUGCGCGCCAUCGCCCAGGCGCCCCCGCCGCCCGCCGCGGCCGCCGCCGGCUACGCGGGCUGCAGGGUAGCUGUGACCUUCUUCCUUUACUUCCUGGCCACCAACUACUACUGGAUUCUUGUGGAGGGGCUGUACCUGCAUAGCCUCAUCUUCAUGGCCUUCUUCUCAGAGAAGAAGUACUUGUGGGGCUUCACGGUCUUCGGCUGGGGUUUGCCUGCCGUCUUCGUGGCUGUGUGGGUCAGCGUGAGAGCCACCCUGGCCAACACCGGGUGCUGGGACUUGAGCUCCGGGAACAAGAAGUGGAUCAUUCAGGUGCCCAUCCUGGCCUCCAUCGUGCUCAACUUCAUCCUCUUUAUCAACAUCGUCCGGGUGCUCGCCACCAAGCUGCGGGAGACCAACGCCGGCCGGUGUGACACGCGGCAGCAGUACCGGAAGCUGCUCAAGUCCACGCUGGUGCUCAUGCCGCUCUUCGGCGUCCACUACAUCGUGUUCAUGGCCACGCCGUACACCGAGGUCUCAGGGACGCUCUGGCAAGUCCAGAUGCACUACGAGAUGCUCUUCAACUCCUUCCAGGGAUUUUUUGUCGCCAUCAUAUACUGUUUCUGCAAUGGCGAGGUACAGGCCGAGAUCAAGAAAUCCUGGAGCCGCUGGACACUGGCACUGGACUUCAAGCGUAAGGCCCGCAGCGGGAGCAGCAGCUACAGCUACGGCCCGAUGGUGUCUCACACGAGUGUGACCAACGUAGGCCCCCGCACGGGACUCGGCCUGCCCCUCAGCCCCCGCCUGCUGCCUGCUGCCGCCACCGCCACCGCCACCAACGGCCACCCCCCACUCCCCGGCCACACCAAGCCAGGGGCCCCGAUCCUCCAAGCCACACCACCUGCCGCGGCUGCUCCCAAGGACGACGGGUUUCUCAAUGGCUCCUGCUCGGGGCUGGACGAGGAGGCCUCGGCGCCGGAGCGGCCGCCAGCCCUACUGCAGGAGGAGUGGGAGACGGUCAUGUGAUCGGGGACCGAGCCAGGGUUGGACCCGUGGGCAUAAGGGCUGACAGACGGACCAAGAGAUGGCUGGUUGGACGGUUGCCCGCUCAGGGCUAGGGCUGGGAAGACAAAAGAGGAAAAAAAGAAAAAAAAAAAAAAAAGAAAGAAAGAAAGAAAAAGGAAAAGGAA